AUGAUAAGAACACGAGGGGAAUUUUGUCGUUCCUCACUUGCAUUCGCCCACCGCCCGGCUGCUGUUGGAAUGUGGGCACGGCUGCGGAGAGGCGUGGCGGCCGGUCGUCGGCUGACUCGUCGGAUUGUGCUCGGAUGCUGGACAGCGAAGUGGAGAAGUGGAGGUGGAGCUGGUGGUGGAGGUGGUGGUGGUUUUGAUAGCAAUGGCACUGGUGGACCGGUGGUGGUGAUCUUCAAGGGUGCUAAUAAUGGCGGAGGUGAUGGCAAUGGUGGUGAUUUUGAUGGUGAUAGUGAUUGUCGGAGAGAUGGCCGUAGCGUUGGCGAUAUUCGUUAUGCUUAUGAUGGUGGAGGUGGUGGUAGCCGUGAUGUAGUUGGUGGUUGGUGUGCAUGUCGUUAA